AUGUUCAAGAUUAAAUUGAAGGAUCCUUCUGCUGGAUUGCCAAAAGAGAAGGGGAAGGAUGAAAAAAAGAAGAGUCUUCCAAAGAUCAAAAUAGCGAGACCUCAACCACCACCUACAGCAUCAUCAUCUUCAUCAUCAUCAUCAUCUAAACCAAAGACAAAAGCCAAACAUAUUAAGCUAAAAUUGAAAACCGCAGGUGCUGGUAUAUCGCAACCCGUGGUGAAGAAAGUCCCAAGAAUUAGAGUGAAACCCACAAGAAUUCCUGGUGAUGGUUAUGAUUCCGAAGCUUCAGAUAUUGAAGAUGAUCCAUUAGUUGAGGAAGCUAUAGUUUUGAGAUUAUUACCAGAUGCAGAGCUGGACUAUGUUAAACACUGUGUGGAGACGGGUGAUUUUAGUAAUUUCCACAUUAAAUGGAAGGACAGAUUACGUGCAGUGAUAUAUAUUAAUGAUUCAAUGUAUGCUGCAAGAUUGGUGAAUUUACCCAAUAUAGUUGAAGUUCAAAAAACAGUUGAUAAGAAAAAUAUUUUCAAAACAGUUGAUAUUUCUCAAAUUUUACAAGUGGUUUCCAAGAUUAGAAGUGAAGAUGAAAUUGCAAAUUUACAAGUGGAGAAAGAUGAAGUAAUUCCUGAUGGGUUAACACCUCCAUUACACAAUAUUACAAAGAGUAAAUAUAGAAGAAAAAUGACAAAUGAUUAUAUUGAAAGAAUAGAGUCAAAAGUUGAUGAGUUAUUAAGGUUGGAUGAAGAAGCUGAAGAAUCACAAUUUGAAUUAAUUGAUCCAGAAAGUUUGAACGUUGCCACAUCAGAAACUCCACCAACCGUUGUUAAUACACCUUCAAGAGAUGUUUCAGUUCCGAAAACUCAAGAUUCAAGUAGCACCACUGUUGUUAAUUCAUCCGGUAAGGAACAUGAUGAAGAUUUAGAAUUAGAGAUUGAACAAGUGUUGGGAGAAGAUUUCUCAUUAGAAGAUGGUGAAACGGUUGAAGUGGAGAGACAAAAUGGUGAAAAAAUACAAGUUGAAAAAGCUCAAAUUGAAGAAGAUGAAGAGAUGGAAGAAGAGGAGGAAAUUGAAGAGGAAGAAGAAGAGGAAGAAGAGGAGGAAGAAUCAGAAGAAGAUGAUGAUGACGAAGAAGAUGAUAAUAGUGAUAACGAACAAGGUGCAUCGCGUAAAGUUGAAAUUGAUGAAGAUGCUCAACAUAAUGCAUUAUUAAGAGACGAGAUUAAUGAAUUAUUAACCACUAUUGAACAGAAUAAAUCUAGACUGGAAAAGACAAGUAAUCAAUUGUUACAAAGUAGAUUUAUUGAUAGUAUCAACAAGUUGGAGAAAGAAUUGGAAAAUAAAAAGAGACAGCUAAAGACUAGUGAAGAUAAGAGUAAUAGUAAAAAAGAACAAGAAAAUGGAGAGGAUCAAGAUCAAGAUGGUGAUCAAGAGAUGAAUGAUAGAGGUGAUGAUCGUGAAGAAGAUGAAGAUGAAGACGAAGAUGAAGAAGAUGAAGGAGAUAACGAUGACGAUGACCUUGAUGAAUUGUUUGGUUAA